AUUGAGUGGAGCCUGGUCUUGCCGGAAAACACAUUCCCUACACUUAAUAAAUCCCGUUUAUUUAUGUACAUUCUCCCUUAUGAUGUAUUUUUAUACAUUAUUAUUUAUAAAGUACACUUUUUUAUUUAAAAGCACAUAACAACAAUCGGUGUGGUUUUCGGGGGCUGGAAUGGAUUCAUAGCAUUUCAAUUCAUUUCAAAUUUGAUUUGACAUAAGAGCAAUUUGAGUUAAGAGCUCAGUCACAGAAUGAAUUAAACUUGUAAGUCAAGGUAUCACUGUAUGCACAAUCAGCAUAUCAUUCCUUGGGGAGCAUUUCUAAUAGAAAAAAGCUCAAACUGCUUUGUUUUUCUCCGCAACCAGCUUUGAGCAAGAUUAUAUUUUUGACUUGUACCAAAACCUCAUAUAAUAAUAAUAAUAAUAAUAAUAAUAAUAAUAAUAAUAAUAAUAAUAGUAAUAAAUAUGUUAUUUGUAUUCUGCUCUAUCUCCUCGAAGGGACUCACGGCAGAUUACAGAACACACAUACGGCAAGCAUUGAAUGCCAUUAUACAAUUAACGAAAGCAGACAAUACACAAACAGAGAGCCAUGUCUGCAGUUUGGCUGCAGGUCGGACAGUGCGGCAACCAGAUCGGACAGGAAUGGUGGCAAAUCAUUGCAAACCAAGGAGAAGCCGAUGCGUCCCCGUUCGGCUCCCUUGACGGACGGCUCAGUGCCAUUUGCGUGGACAGCGAACCCAAAGUGGUGCGGAGGCUCCAGAAGCAGAUCCGGAGGAAAGCCUUCAGAGAGUCCAACCUCAUUGUGGGCAAGGCCGGAAGAGGCAACAACUGGGCUUAUGGUUAUCAUGGCUCCAAGGGCGAAAGGGACCUGUUCAGCCAGACGAUGGAGAGCCUAAGGAAGGAAGUGGAGCGCAAGGACUGCUAUUGCGGGACGGUGCUCUUGCACAGCCUGAGCGGUGGAACCGGAGCCGGCCUGAGUUCCCGGCUGUGUGAAGCCAUCCGGGAGGAGUAUCCGCUCGGCCGGAUCCUGUCCGUCUCGGUGGCUCCGCACCAAAGCGGCGAAGGCUCUCUUCAGCCCUACAACGCCUUGUUGUGCCUUUCCUGGCUGCAGAGGUUCGCAGAUGGUGUCCUUCUCUUCCAAAAUGAUGAGGUGUUGAAGCGAGCGACAUCCCUGCAGCCGAAGGAAGGAGACAAUGCUUAUGGUCAGGUCUCCUUUUCCGCCAUGAACGCCUACAUCGCAUCCUGCCUGGCUGGGCUUUUCUAUCCGCUCAAGGUGUUCACGACGCGAAGUGGGAUUAGUCUCGGGCAGGAGCCCUGGGAGCUGCUGCGGUCCGUCUGUCCCAUGCCGACCCUCAAGUUCCUUCACACAGCUCAAAGCAGCACAUGCGGAUCGGUGCAUUGGGAUCGCCUGGCAUCUUCGGUGGUGCAACCAUUGCCUCGAGAGUCUCCUGAUGGAAACCCUCACUGCAGCACCGCCCUUCUUGCCAUGGCCCGGGGUCCCCAAGAGCACAGCUUCCUCCUGAACCCCGAUUCGGUGCUGCGGAGACUCAAGCAGGCCUACCGCUGUGUCCCCUGGAACCCCUUCCCCACCACUUACUGGACAGACCCUUCCUCCGGCCUUGUGGCUCCGGUCGGCCGCCACCAUCACACGCUGACCGUCUGCGCCAACCACAGCAGCGCAGCCGACUUCAUCCAAAGAGUAGCGCAUGGGGCGCACGCGAUGUACGAGAGCCGGGCCUUCCUGCACUGGUACCGGAGGCACGGCUGCGAGGAUGGGCACUUCGGGGAGGCCUUCGAGACGCUCCGUUCCGUCGUAGAGGAUUACCACCACCUCGGGGACUGACGCCAUUGGAUGAUGGAAGCUGUAGUCCAGGCAUAGGCAGGGGCCAGGAGACCCUGGAUUGGGGCCAGACAGCUCCAAAUGCUAUUUUGAAUCCAAAGUAUGGAAUAGCAUUAAAUGGUGGGAACACUGUCCUUUGAGGUUUCUGCAAGGGCACAGGAUGGAAUCUAUAGAAGAAAAAGAUCUCCACUUGCAACUAAGAGGACCGGGUUGCUGUGAGUCUUUCGGGCUGUAUGGCCAUGUUCCAGAAGCUUUCUCUCCUGACGUUUCGCCCACAGAUGUGGGCGAAACGUCAGGAGAGAAAGCUUCUGGAACAUGGCCAUACAGCCCGAAAGACUCACAGCAACCCAGCGUUUCCAGCCAUGAAAGCCUUUCACAAUACAUAAACUAACAGGACCUCUGAGAGUCUAGGGUAGAGCAUGGCAAGCAUUGGUGGGCCAUUCUCUUUCCUGGUCCUAGGGAAAGUAGGAAAGCAAUCUUGGCGCACUCCUCAGACAUGCUCCAGGGCUAAAGUAAUAUUGUAUGGACAGAUAGGUGAGCAUCUCCUCUCAAGAACAAGUCCUGCUUGAACUUCUUAAAGGAAUGCUGUAACGAGCUAAUGACGACUGCCACCAAUUUGUAAGGAUGCAACCACCAAAGACUCAGGGAGGAGACCUUUUACUUUCUUUCUUUCUUUCUUCUUCUUAUUCACUUUAGAUGGUAGCAUACCUUGGUUUAUAAUAUAUGUGACAAAGGCUUAAAUGUUGGAAGAACAAUAACAAGUUAAUUCAGGCACAGAACUUAGUGGUUACAAUGUUGUUUCUCACUUGGAGGUAUUUUUAUUAACAGUUACAAUACUAGAAUAAGAUGAGUCUAACUCCCUAAAGUGUCACUUCUUUUACUUAAAGUAGUUAGAACUUCUUUCUCUGCUACUUUUAAACCGCAGUCACCCCUGUGAUAUACGAUCACAGAUUCUCUGUUCCUUACCAGGACACAGACUACAUUAAAUAAGUCACCAAACUUAUUUUAAACCGACUCAAAAUGAAUAAUUGAGUCUCCCUGAUCCGCUCAACCUAGGAUCAAUCUUCCCUGUGCCUCAUCAGAGCACAGACUGACUCUCUUUUUUAAACUCUGCACUUCUUCAACAAAACGGCAGUUGGCUCUGCCUACUUCUUCAUGGCAACCAGCCUCUGAGUGCUGAGAAGCAAUACCUGUAAUACUUACCCUUUUAAAAGACAAACACACAAUUUAACCAAAAAUUCGUACUUCAUUACAAAUGCCAACCCCAGAUCUUCCCUUUCUAGGUUGUCAAAUGGGACAGGAUUCCUGUACAGUCUUAACCGAUCUUGGUGCCCGACAAGGGACCUGUCUAAAUAUUUCAAGCCCCCAAAUUUGGCAGAAAGUUGGAGUCUGGACAGGGAGAGAGGACAGGCACCCCAAUCUGGUUUGACAGCUUUACCAUACUUUGUCCCCCCCCCAAAAAAAAUCUGCAAAAGUUAUAGGAGUUUGUCUUGGAUCCAAUCCGGCUUCCUAUUGAGUGGCGCUAGUCUCUCUCAUUGCAUUAUAGUCUUCCUUACAUUCCUUUUCUUUAGCUUUCUGUGAAAAAAACACAUGAGCCACAGAACCAUUUCCUCUGUUUAUUAAAUAUUAUUUGAAGCCAAA